AUGAAGUUUGGAACAGUUGGUGCAAUAUCUGCUAUUUCUAGAUCAAAGAGAUCUUAAUAAUAUAUCCCUGGAAAGAAUGAAGAUAUAGAGUUGACUGAGAAAUAGUUGAAUCGUAUUUUAUAUUGAUUAUGAGGUAGAUGCAGAAAAAAUAAUGAAAAGCAUUUCAAAAGAUAAAAAGUCAUUAAUUUUAUAUAGAGUUCCUGUAUUGUAUUAUAAUAAUCAUUUGGCUUAGUAUUUGGGGAAUAGGGAUAUUGAUAAUUUUGUUAUCUUUAUAUUUGCUUUACAAUUUGAUUUGGGGAUUGGAAGGGAAAGUGUUUAAGUAGGGAACUACAUGGUGGUAGUAUUUUGUUAGUUUUAUUAUUAUGGGAAUAGGGAUCAGUUUUUUGAUUGCUAUAAAGAGGGAGAAGCUAAUAUUCAAUAAAGAAGUAAAAUGAAAUAUAUACUUAGAGAGAUGAGAUAAUAUUGUGUUAUAGAAAUAUUUGUUGUCAAAAGAAUGUUAUGGAAUAGAAAAUUUCACAUUUAAGUAAUAUGAGAAUGGUUAAGAGAGGGAUGGAUUGUAAUAUUAUUAUGGUUUAUUGUUGUAGCAAUCUAGAAUUCUACUUUACAUUAUAAGAUUGUGCUUUCUUUUAAUGAUGGAUAAUAUUUUGAAAUAUUGGAAGGGAAGAGUGAAUACAAAAUAAAGGGUCAAUUUAUACAGAUAGCUAAAUAUAUCAAUUAUGCAUAUUAAGAUCUUUAAAUAGUUGAUGAAACAUUCCAAGUAAGAUGA